GCGACAGGGGGCGGGGCUUGUCGGAAUAUUGGUGGUUUAAAAACAACACUUAGAACGUUACAACGAACCACAAAAACGACAUUCAGGCAUUAUAACGUCUCCUCACUUUCCGCCUAAAUAUACAAGGUGCUUUUGAGCAGUUAUGGCCCGUACAAAGCAGACAGCCCGUAAAUCCACAGGAGGUAAAGCUCCCCGUAAACAGCUCGCUACCAAAGCGGCCCGUAAGAGUGCGCCCUCUACAGGAGGGGUGAAGAAACCGCAUCGUUACAGGCCCGGCACUGUGGCUCUGCGUGAGAUCCGGCGCUACCAGAAAUCCACUGAGCUGCUGAUCAGGAAGCUGCCGUUCCAGCGACUCGUCCGAGAAAUCGCUCAGGACUUUAAAACUGACCUGAGGUUCCAGAGCGCCGCCAUCGGAGCCCUGCAGGAGGCGAGUGAAGCUUACCUGGUCGGUCUGUUUGAGGACACUAACCUGUGCGCUAUCCAUGCCAAGCGCGUCACCAUCAUGCCCAAAGACAUCCAGCUGGCACGCCGUAUUCGCGGAGAACGCGCUUAACACACUUACACACACACUGUCCAAACUACACACUCUGUGUGUCUGUGUGUAUCUGUCUCUCUCUUCUGUCCUCUGUGUGUCUGACUUUUUAAAUGUUCAAGCUGACUUUGUUUAUAAGAGUGUGUGUGUGUGAGAGAGAGAGAGAGAUAUCAGUGAAAUCCUCGGUGUGUAACCUGCUCCUGAUUGGCUGCAGGUUUUAAUGUGGAAUUGUGGGAGUUUGAGUUUUGUCAAUGGGAUUAGUGUGGCUCAGAUUCUCCACCUGUGUUUGUGUGUGUGUGUUUUCUGAGUGCUCUUCUUAUUUUUAACCUCAGUACAAAUUUCACAUUUUCAACAAUAAAAAAAAAAUUGAGUUUUUUCUUUGCUCCAUUUUUACAGUCCUUCUCUCUGACAGUGAGGCUGUUCCAUUAACACACACACAAAUGUUUAAUUUUUCCUUCUUUCUGAGCUUGUGUGUGUUAGUCAGCGAGUUGUUAGCACGUGACUGGUUUUUCUACAUUUUUGUAUGAAGUGUAUCCUGGGGUAGGAGAUUUUAUUCCAUAGAUAAAUAAAGGAGUUCUUUGUGCUGA